AUGGCACCGUUUGAGUUAUUAUAUGGGCGUAAGUGUCGAGCUCCUAUAUGUUGGGAGGAAGUUGGUGAAAAAUUGAUUGAGGGGCCUGAACUGGUGCAGAUCACAAAUGAAAAGGUUGCUAUUGCUCGUGAAAAACUCAAGGAAGCUCAGAGUAGACAGAAAAGCUAUGCAGAUCGUCACCGACGAACUUUGGAAUUUAAUGUUGCUGAAAAAGUGUUCCUAAAAGUAUCACCAUGCAGAGGUGUUCGACGUUUUGGCAUAAGGGGGAAAUUGAGUCCACGUUUUAUAGGACCGUUUGAGAUAUUGGAGAAAGUCGGCGAAAUUUCAUAUCGGUUAGCUCUACCUCCACAAUUAUCUAACGUGCAUAAUGUUUUUCAUGUAUCGUUGUUACGCGGGUAUAAUUACCAUCCUCUUCAUGUUGUGAACUAUCCUCUACAUGAGAUUCAUGAGGACUUAUCGUACGAAGAGGAACCAGAGGCUAUUUUGGAUCGACAAGAACGUGUUAUGCGUAAGAAAUCUAUACCGUUUGUGAAAAUCUUAUGGAAAAAUCAUCCGGAACGCGAAGCCACAUGGGAAUCGGAGGAUGCAAUCCGUUCUCAAUAUCCUAGGCUAUUCGAAACAUAG